AUGGAACCACCUAGUUCUGGACAGCCAGCAGCAGUGGAGAAAGAAAAUGUUUUGAAGAGGAAGUCAGAUGAUGUUGGAUGGGAUUAUGGGUUUCUGGUUGAUUCUACCAACAUGAACAAGGUGAAAUGCAAACUUUGUGGCCAUGAGAGCUCGGGAGGGAUUUAUCGUCUCAAGCAACAUAUAGCUCAUGUUGGGACUACUGUGGCCAAAUGCAAGGACAACAAACCAGAAGAUAAAGAUAAGUGCAAGAAAUCACUUGAUGGAGCAGCAAUGAAGAAGAGGGAAAAGAUUGUUCGUGAGCUAAAUCUUAGAGAAGAUGUGAAUGUUUCUCGUGUUGAAGGAGGUACAGAGGAAGAAGUUACUUGUAUUGGAAGCACAAAGCCCCACAAUCUAUGGCCUAUUGAUAAGUGGACAAGGCCAAUUGAUCCUAAAUCAACACAAGCUGAAGCCUUGAAGCAACAAAAGUUAAACAAAGAACUUUGGAAGCAGAGAACACAUGAGGUGCAGCGGUAUGUUGCAAGAUGGAUGUAUGCACAUGCCAUUGGUCAGUUUGGUGUUGGAUUUGAACCUCCUUCUCAUGACCAAUUAAGGGGUGGUUUGUUGGCUGAGGAAUAUUCAAGGACCAAGAGUUUGCUGUUGGAGCGUGAUGCUGAAAAGAUAAAGAAUGGGUGCUCUGUCCUGACUGAUGCUUGGUCAGAUAAGAAGAGGAGAAGCAUAAUGACCUUGUGCACAAACUGUGCUGAUGGAACAAGUUUUAUCAGCUCAAAAGAUAUGUCGAAUCUGUCACACACAAGUGAAGUCAUCUUUGAACUAGUGGACAAAGCAAUCGAAGAAGUUGAUCCCGAUAAUGUGGUGCAAGUAGUGACAGACAAUGCUUCUAACAAUAUGGGAGCAAAGAAAUUAUUGUUUCACAAGAGACCAAACAUCUUUUGGACCUCUUGUGCAGCUCACACAAUUAACCUGGUGCUUCAAGGAAUUGGUAGCCUAGAAAGGUUCAAGAACACAAUUGACCAAGCAAAAGCAUUCACCAUCUUUGUCUAUGGGCAUACAAGAACCUUGGAAUGCAUGAGACAGUUCACAGAGGGCAAAGAAAUCAUAAGGCCAGGAGUAACCAGAUUUGCUUCAGCAUUUCUUACUUUGAACAACAUUCUAGAGAAGAAGGAUGAGCUAAGGAAGAUGGUGGUUCACAGCAAAUGGGACACAUUGAGAGAAGUGAAGUCAAAAAAAGGAAAGGAUGCAACAACAACAAUGAUGAAUCCAGAUUUUUGGAAAGCUGUGAAGAUGUGCUUAAAGGUUUUUUAG